AAUUAGCAGUUUAUCACAAGGAGAAUGACAAUGCUGAUAUCCCCCGCUUCACACCAAAAUCUGACUGGGCGCCGGCCUUAAGCCAAUUACCGCCCCAAGUCACAACUCUUAUUAAUAAUGAUCUUAAAUACAUGAGAGAGAAGUUUAAAAUUCAUAAUAACAAAUCUAAUCUUAGCAGAGACGAAAACAAAGCCCUAGAGGAACUAAUGAAAAAUAGAAACAUUAUUAUUAAACCAGCAGACAAAGGAAGUGCAGUUAUUAUUAUGGAUAAGGAGCAAUAUUUAUAUGAAGGCUAUAGGCAACUUAAUGAUACCAAUUAUUACUUAAAAUUAACCAAACCUCUAUACAUAGAAACCGUGCCCAUGGUUAAAAAAAUAGUAUAUAAUUUAUACCAUAAAAAGUUUAUUAAUGCUAAACAACGUAAUUAUUUAAUAGGAUCUUCUGAACCCAGGGCAAGAUUAUUUUAUUUACUACCCAAAAUACAUAAAAAACCAGAUAAAUGGUCCAUACCGUUCAAAGUACCACCAGGACGACCUAUAGUAGCAGAUUGUGGUAGUGAAACUUAUUAUACGGCUGAAUAUAUUGAUUAUUAUUUGAACCCAUUAUCUAAUAAACAUAAAAGCUAUAUUAAGGACACAUAUGACUUUAUUGAUAAAAUUAAAAAACUGCACUUACCUGAUAACGCUAUACUCUUCACUAUGGAUGUCACAAGCCUCUAUACUAAUAUUUUGUCCAAAGAGGGGAUGGAAGCUGUAAAGAACAUCUUCAAAAAAUAUCCUGAUAAAUCCAGACCUGAAAAAGAACUCCUCGAACUCCUGGAAAUAAAUUUAAGCAGAAAUGAUUUUGAAUUUAACGGUGACUACUUCCUUCAAAUUAAAGGCACAGCAAUGGGCAAAAAAUUUGCACCUGCCUAUGCUGACAUUUUCAUGGCUGAGUGGGAGGAAUCAGCAUUGUCAAAAUGUGAAAAGAAGCCCCUUCACUACUUUCGGUACCUUGACGAUAUCUGGGGUGUGUGGAACCACUCAG